GUUCUCGGAGGAGGCGAAAGCUCCUGGGACUUGCAGCUCCAGAAGCCCAGUACAGGCCGGCUGGCGCCUGCGCGGGGCGUUACCAUAGAGAGCAGCCGCCUCUCUGGUCUCGGUUUACAUUCUCUAUGGUCCAGCCGGGUCGGUGGCGGUAAAAGGGAGACUGCACUGCGCAGGCGCUCUCGGCUUCUAUUUUUUUUUUUUUUUUUUUUUUAAUCCCCGCACCAAGCGCUUAACCUCAUUGGGGUGGAGGAGAAGGCGGCGGCUGUCUGGUCCGCAGCGGCAACAGUAGCGAAUAAUACGGCUAAUGGACUGCUGAAUUAUGAAGAAUUUCAGACCCAAGAGUAGAACCUCGCUCUGCCACUCACUCCUUUAUCUCCUGCUAGUUAUUUAAAUUGGACUUUUAAUAUCCUACCAGCUGCUCUUCAGACACACAUGGUGCAUUGUUGCCAUUCCCCGGAUUGCAUCUUUGAAACACAGGCUCUUAGUAACCCUCAGCGAACAAAGAGGCAACCUCCCGGGUACGUUUACUGGGAGGGUGUCACCCUGACUGCCCUCUAGCUUCUGCUGGAUCUGGAUUUGAAUUCCACCAUGGAGCCUCGCAUGGAGUCCUGCCUGGCACAGGUGUUGCAGAAGGAUGUGGGGAAACGACUGCAGGUUGGCCAAGAACUUAUAGACUAUUUCUCAGACAAACAGAAGUCUGCUGACCUUGAGCAUGACCAGACCAUGUUAGAUAAACUUGUGGAUGGGCUCGCUACCUCUUGGGUGAACUCUAGCAAUUACAAGGUGGUUCUUCUCGGCAUGGACAUCCUGUCUGCGCUGGUCACCCGGCUGCAGGAUCGGUUCAAGGCGCAGAUUGGCACAGUGUUGCCAAGUUUAAUAGACAGACUGGGAGAUGCUAAAGACUCUGUGCGAGAGCAAGACCAGACUCUGCUGCUGAAGAUCAUGGAUCAAGCUGCUAAUCCCCAGUAUGUGUGGGACCGGAUGCUGGGAGGCUUCAAGCACAAGAAUUUCCGGACUCGGGAAGGCACGUGCCUCUGCCUUGUUGCCACACUCAAUGCCUCUGGAGCACACACUUUAACACUAAGCAAGAUUGUGCCACAUAUAUGUAACUUACUUGGAGACCCCAACAGCCAGGUUCGAGAUGCAGCAAUAAACAGCUUAGUGGAAAUUUACAGACAUGUAGGAGAACGUGUGAGGGCAGAUCUCAGUAAAAAAGGAUUACCACAGUCCCGGUUGAAUGUAAUUUUUACAAAAUUUGAUGAAGUCCAAAAAUCUGGAAACAUGAUCCAAUCAGCAAACGAUAAAAAUUUUGAUGAUGAAGAUUCUGUGGAUGGUAAUAGACCUUCCUCUGCUAGUUCUACAUCAUCCAAAGCUCCACCCAGCUCAAGGAGAAACGUUGGAAUGGGGACCACCCGCCGGCUUGGUUCCUCCUCUCUUGGAUCCAAGUCUUCAGCUGCAAAAGAAGGAGCUGGUGCUGUUGAUGAAGAGGACUUUAUUAAAGCAUUUGAUGACGUACCUGUAGUACAGAUUUAUUCCAGCCGAGACCUGGAGGAGUCCAUAAACAAGAUUAGGGAAAUAUUAUCUGAUGACAAGCAUGAUUGGGAGCAAAGAGUAAAUGCUCUGAAAAAGAUCAGAUCUUUACUUUUGGCUGGUGCCGCUGAGUACGAUAACUUCUUUCAACAUCUGCGUCUUUUGGACGGAGCCUUUAAACUAUCUGCUAAGGACCUGCGGUCUCAGGUAGUGCGGGAAGCUUGCAUCACAUUGGGGCAUCUGUCAUCAGUUCUGGGAAAUAAAUUUGACCAUGGAGCUGAAGCCAUUAUGCCAACUAUCUUUAAUUUAAUUCCAAACAGUGCCAAAAUUAUGGCCACUUCCGGUGUUGUAGCUGUUAGGUUAAUCAUUCGGCACACACACAUCCCUAGGCUAAUACCUGUCAUAACAAGCAACUGUACCUCUAAGUCUGUCGCAGUUAGAAGGCGCUGUUUUGAAUUUUUAGAUUUACUUUUACAAGAAUGGCAGACACAUUCACUGGAACGACACAUAUCAGUAUUAGCCGAAACAAUAAAGAAGGGAAUACACGAUGCCGAUUCCGAAGCAAGGAUAGAAGCCAGAAAGUGCUACUGGGGUUUCCACAGUCACUUCAGCAGAGAAGCAGAGCAUUUGUACCACACCUUGGAGUCCUCCUACCAGAAAGCCCUGCAGUCCCACCUGAAGAACUCGGACAGCAUCGUGUCUCUGCCGCAGUCCGACCGCUCGUCCUCAAGCUCUCAAGAGAGUCUAAAUCGGCCACUCUCUGCCAAAAGAAGUCCUACCGGGAGCACCACCUCUAGAGCUUCUACGGUCAGCACCAAAUCCGUGUCAACGACCGGGUCCCUCCAGCGGUCUCGAAGCGAUAUUGACGUGAACGCAGCAGCCAGUGCCAAGUCCAAGGUCUCAUCGGCCUCGGGUGCUACGCCUUUCAGCUCUGCAGCGGCCUUGCCUCCGGGGUCCUACGCCUCCUUAGAGUCCAGACACAUGAGGGAAGAUAUGGAGUCCAUAGGCCAUGACUCAGACGGUACUUCCACUAAAGCGGAGGGUCGGAUCCGCACGAGACGGCAGAGCUCCGGGAGUGCCACCAGUGUCGCCACCACACCUGAUAACCGAGGCCGCAGUCGCGCCAAAGUGGUUUCACAGUCCCAGCGAUCCAGAUCUGCUAAUCCUGCUGGUGCUGGCAGCCGGUCAAGUUCCCCAGGAAAAUUGUUGGGAAGUAGUUAUGGUGGCCUUGCCGGGGGUUCCUCAAGAGGCCCGCCCGUGACUCCCUCUUCAGAGAAACGAAGCAAGAUCCCCAGGAGUCAGGGAUGUAGCCGAGAAACCAGUCCAAACCGGAUAGGAUUAGACCGGUUUGGGCUUGGCCAGGCAGGAAGAAUACCUGGCUCUGUGAAUGCCAUGCGGGUUUUGAGCACGAGUACAGACCUUGAAGCUGCUGUCGCUGAUGCUUUGCUGUUAGGAGACUCCAGGAGCAAGAAGAAGCCGGUGAGGAGGAGGUAUGAGCCGUACGGGAUGUAUUCUGAUGACGAUGCCAACAGCGAUGCCUCAAGCGUUUGCUCUGAGCGCUCGUACGGCUCCAGGAACGGCGGCAUUCCCCACUAUCUGCGGCAGACCGAGGACGUAGCAGAAGUUCUCAACCACUGUGCCAGUUCCAACUGGUCGGAAAGGAAAGAAGGGCUUCUCGGCCUGCAGAACUUGCUGAAGAGCCAAAGAACACUGAGUCGAGUAGAAUUGAAAAGACUGUGUGAGAUCUUCACUCGAAUGUUUGCUGACCCUCACAGCAAGAUUGCUGAUUCAGAACCAGAAUAUGAGGAUAAAGAAGGAAAUUUGUUUCCAUCAGAAGGCUCUUGUACAAGAGUUUUCAGUAUGUUUUUGGAGACUCUGGUGGAUUUUAUAAUAAUUCAUAAGGACGACUUACAAGACUGGCUUUUUGUUCUUCUCACACAAUUACUUAAGAAAAUGGGGGCAGAUUUACUUGGAUCUGUGCAAGCAAAAGUUCAAAAGGCUCUAGAUGUCACAAGGGACUCCUUUCCAUUUGACCAACAGUUUAACAUUUUGAUGAGAUUUAUUGUGGAUCAAACUCAAACUCCUAACCUCAAGGUCAAAGUUGCAAUCCUGAAGUACAUCGAGUCCCUCGCUAGGCAGAUGGAUCCAACGGAUUUUGUAAACUCUAGUGAGACGAGGCUUGCAGUUUCUAGAAUUAUAACCUGGACGACAGAACCAAAGAGUUCAGACGUGAGAAAGGCAGCACAAAUUGUGCUGAUCUCUCUGUUUGAAUUGAACACUCCCGAAUUUACCAUGUUACUUGGUGCCUUGCCAAAAACCUUCCAGGAUGGUGCCACCAAACUCCUGCAUAACCACCUCAAGAACUCUAGUAACACCAGUGUGGGCUCUCCGAGCAAUACAAUUGGCCGGACUCCCUCCCGACACACCAGCAGCAGGACCAGCCCCCUGACCUCACCCACCAACUGUUCCCACGGGGGCCUGUCUCCCAGCAUGCUGGAAUAUGAUACAGAGAACCUGAACUCUGAAGAAAUUUACAGUUCUCUGCGUGGAGUUACAGAAGCCAUUGAAAAGUUUAGUUUUCGAAGCCAAGAGGAUCUGAACGAGCCAAUUAAGCGAGAUGGCAAAAAGGACUGUGACAUUGUGUCCCGCGAUGGUGGAGUUGCGUCGCCUGCCACGGAGGGCCGGGGAGGCAGUGAUGUGGUGGAAGGAGGCAGAACGGCCCUGGACAACAAGACAUCCCUCCUCAACACCCAGCCCCCCCGCGCCUUCCCUGGGCCACGGGCGCGAGACUACAAUCCCUACCCCUACUCGGACACCAUCAACGCCUAUGACAAGACAGCCCUGAAGGAGGCCGUGUUCGAUGAUGACAUGGAGCAGCUUCGAGAUGUGCCCAUUGACCAUUCUGACUUGGUGGCUGACCUUCUGAAAGAGCUGUCCAACCACAACGAGCGGGUGGAGGAACGGAAAGGCGCCCUGCUGGAGCUGCUCAAAAUCACCCGGGAAGACAGCCUGGGUGUCUGGGAGGAGCACUUCAAGACCAUUCUGCUCCUGCUGCUGGAGACGCUCGGAGACAAAGACCAUUCCAUCCGAGCACUAGCAUUGAGAGUUCUACGGGAAAUUCUGAGAAACCAGCCCGCAAGAUUUAAGAACUAUGCCGAGCUGACGAUUAUGAAGACUCUGGAAGCCCACAAAGACUCCCAUAAGGAGGUGGUGAGAGCAGCCGAGGAGGCAGCGUCCACGCUGGCCAGCUCCAUCCACCCAGAGCAGUGUAUCAAAGUCCUCUGCCCCAUCAUCCAGACGGCCGACUACCCCAUCAACCUCGCCGCCAUCAAGAUGCAGACCAAAGUCGUCGAGAGGAUCGCCAAGGAGUCCUUGCUGCAGCUCCUCGCCGACAUCAUCCCGGGCUUGCUGCAGGGUUAUGACAACACCGAAAGCAGUGUGCGUAAGGCCAGCGUGUUUUGCUUAGUGGCGAUUUAUUCCGUAAUCGGAGAAGAGCUGAAACCUCACCUCGCACAGCUCACGGGGAGCAAGAUGAAGCUACUCAACUUAUACAUAAAGAGGGCCCAAACCACAAACAGCAACAGCAGCUCCUCCUCCGACGUGUCCACACACAGCUAAUGGCAGCGCCAGAGUCUCUUUCUGUCGCCCUAGAAGCAAUCGGUGGUGCCUCUCAGAGACCUUCCCCGCCCCCCCCCCCCCGCCCCCCCAUCGGCUGCCCAGUCAGUACACGGAGGCCCGCAGAUAUUUAUUACAAUCAGUAUUUUGGUCCCUUCCAGCUUUUGUGUAGAAUCUUACUGGUAUUGAAUGUAAAGGAAGCAAGGCCUGUUUUGCAGUCUUCGUAUGAAACAAGCGGAAUAAGAAAAGAGCCAUACUUACCCAUGUCUUGUACAGCCUGCUGAGAUCAUAAAACCAUGUGUGUGGGGUGCAGUUUUCGCAAAUCAGAGCUCUCUAGCCAAUACGUGGUAGAAAGUAGCAUUUUCUCUUAGUUAAUAACAUUGAGGAGGGUGUGUUAAUUUGUGUUUCUAUCUCAUCUUCGCUUACUUCUUCUGGACACGGCCUGUGACACCAGGAAAGGGUCGUACGUCCUUCAGUUGGAUUUCGUACGUCCUUCAGUUGGAUUGUGAGACCUACUAAGAACGUGAGUCAAAUCCCGGCAAGAAACAAACAGAAGCCUGAAGACCGUCUUUUAACAAACACGUGGGAUUUUGCUUGUACACUUUUCUGGACUGGAGGCCCAGGGCCCCCUCCUCAGGCCCCUUCCAGGACGGGCUCCCAGCGCCUCUGAACCCUCCACUCGUGCUAUCCCCACCCAGAGCUUCUACUCGAAAGAAUUGUUUCUUCCGUUUAAAUCCAAACAGAAAAGUCCAGGUAAAUGUGUAGCAUCCCUUAGGGGGAGUGCCUAAAGUGGCAUUUCGUGAAGCCUGGAAGAUACAAGAGAAGGGGUGUGUGUGUUUAUUUCACUACGCAGAUGUUGGGGAAACACUAUGUUAACAGGGCCUCCCCUGUGGCCCUGCUGCUUGGUUGGGCUUUUUCGAUUCAGCACCGUCUCCUCUCCUGUCCCCCAGCCUCCACCUCAGCUGCUCAGUUCGAAGUGUUCUGGCCAGUCUGAUAAAUGAUAACUCUGCCACCCCAGUUUUGACUUCUUGGUUUCAUUUGGGAUUAGGAUCGAAGGAAAAUCUAGAGAGACCAGGUAUCAGAAUCCUUUUUUUUAAUUUUAUGGACGGAAGUACUUCCUUGAUCAUCUGUUGAAAUAGUGGUUUGAGGAAAAAGCAAUGGUGAGUGGCACAUUGCGGGAAAACAAGAUUUGAAACCCAGUUUUAACGUUUCUUCACUGAGAAAUUACCAGAGAAACUACCCUUCCUAAACAUUUUUCUUAAGGGUUUCACUCUCCAAUAAAAGGGACUAUAAAGAUUAGAGUCUGGUUAAAAUAAGUUUUGAGUAAAAUUCUUCAAGUGAAAUGGAAAUUCUUGUUGCAGUCGUGAAGCCUUCUAUCCUCUCUAAAUUGAACUGGGUUUUCCCUGAGGAAAAUGCCUGUUCUGGUGUUACUUUGUAAUGAGGUGUUUGCUGUUCUGAUGCAGAACCCCCCUUGCAGCCAGAAGCACCCAGAAGCAGAGACUGGGCGGUGGUCCCGCUGCCACCUACAGACCGCCCCCCAAUCUCUGACCCUCCCGCCUUGUUUGGAAGUUGCAACACUGUAGCACACACAACUCAUUUUCACUCAGAAGGUAUUUUUAGAUACUUUAUUUGGAACUAGGCACUGAAAACAAAGGUCCAGGAACAGUGAAGCCAGGGUGCCUUCACUGAGAGAGAGUGUGAGAGAGAGAGAGUGUGUGUGUGUGUGUGUGUGCGAGUGUGUGUGUGUGUGUGUGUGUGUGUGUGUGUGUGUGUGUAGGGGGUAUCUUGCACUUGGAGGGAAGUACCCCGCUGCUGCUGUUGAAGGAACUUCAGGGGUGCAUUUUAAGUGGUUGAAUAUUAUUGACUUAUUUUUGGCUCAAAACAUAGCAGGACCAGGCCUUACUUUCAUUGAUAAAUGACGUUUGUUAAUAUCUCACUAAUGGGAUUUCCUUUUUACACUCGACAAGUGAGUCAGGGCACCUUUUGAUUACUCCUCUGUUGUAGAAAUGUGCGUUCUGCUAGGUUAUUUAUGAGUUCUUGUAUGCCUCAUGCGUUUGGAAAGACCUUGCCCCUUGAACUCUGUGACUCCCUGCCUCAUGGGCCCCCCCUUCCCCCCCCGCCUGCAGCUGGGAAGAAGCUUGAACAUUGCCGAAUGUCCUCAUUGUACUCACAAAGGGCUAGCCUCGAAUGUCACUUCCCCGACCUUCAAUCUCCCCACCUAGAGAGGGAUACAAUCACAGGUCUCUUGGCCUCAAUCAGAACUGCUGCCCACGCCGGCACCGCCACCGCCACCGCCACCGGGGAGACUCGCAUGCCGCCGCCACCACCUCACCGGGAGGGAGCCGCGCCCGCCGCCGCCCCCCAAGCCCCGACAGCUGCCUCGCCUUGCCGCCGCCUCCCUGCAGGGCUCCUGUUUGGACGAAACACCCAAAACUGCGAAACCGUGUUUGCCUCCCCUGUUUACCCGACAGUCCGGGGGACCCCGAAGAGCCCCGCCCCCCCCCCCACCCCCCCACCCCCCCACCGCCCCAUGCCCUCCCUCUGCAGGCCUCGGUGCGCCCCGCAGGCUGCGGUGGGCGCGGGCACGCAGCUUUGUUCAAGUUCGAGUCCACUGUGUGUGCUUCCGCGCGGGCCGCAGGCAGCCCAGGACGGCCUCUCUGUGGCUCCUCACUGGCUUGUCCUACCCUGCGCAGGUAAUGCAACCAAUUUUGGUCUCAUCAGUCUGGUUUUUUUCCCCUGCCGCCCUUUAUUUAUCGAGCAUAAUACUACACGUGAAAGAACAGCAAAUAAGAACUUUGUAGAAUCCCACCAGGACUUUGCUAACAAUGAUAUUUGGAAAAUAGAAAAAAAAAAUGCUCUGAAAACUAGCAGCCACCAAAAUAGUUUUGUUGGCACUGUGUUCACACGCAUGGUCCCCACACCCCCAGGUUGGGUUUUUGGGUUUCGUUUUCGUUUUCGGGGGGCUUUUCAUGUUACAUCCAUAUCUGUAUUUAUAUCUUAUUUGUUUCACUCUCAAGUGUAUCAUGGCAAAUGUACAGAUUUUUUUUGUUAAUAAUGUGCUAGGAUUUGCUAAAAAAGAAAACAACAAAAAAAAAAACCCUUUUGAGUUUGCCCUAGAAUAAAUGAAUCUUAAUUCA